GGAUAAGGCCCAGAAUUUGGUGUUACGCCCCUGCGUCCAUGACUACAAUGUGCAAAAACCGCUGGUCUUGUUCUUUAAGCCCAAUGGCCUUUGAAACUACAUCACCCACACUGCACAGCGCUCAACGUCAUCACAACAGGAAGUACAAGACGCUGGGCAGUAACGUUGUUGGUGUCUGAGCAGAGCAGUGUGGCAGGAAAAAAAGCAGUAACGUUAACGUUACUGUAAAUCUGUGAGUCUGUCGGAGAAUCGGUUCCUCUUCAGCCAGCGCCCAUGGACGACGCCCAGGAACAACACACCCCCAUCAGGAACAAAUAAACCGUCAGGGCGAGGCUUUGUUCCCUCGGUUUAUCCCAGUGGACCGUUCACCUAUGAUGGAACGGGCGAUGGAGCAGCUCAACGUACAGCUCAACCGGCUGACCCGUUCCCUCCGCCGGGCCAGGACCGUAGAACUCCCGGAAGACAAUGAGACUGCAGUGUACACACUCAUGCCAAUGGUCAUGGCCGACCAGCACAGGUCAGUGUCAGAGCUGCUGCUUAACUCCAAGUUUGAUGUCAACUACGCCUUCGGACGAGUAAAGAGAAGUCUGCUACACAUCGCUGCCAACUGUGGCUCAGUGGAGUGUCUGGUUCUGCUGCUGAAGAGAGGAGCCAACCCAAACUAUCAGGACAUCUCAGGCUGUACCCCUCUGCACCUCGCUGCUAGGAACGGACAAAAGAAGUGUAUGGGUAAACUGCUGGAAUAUAAUGCUGAUGUCAACAUCUGCAACAAUGAGGGACUGACUGCUAUCCACUGGUUGGCAGUGAAUGGAAGAACGGAGCUCCUCCAUGAUCUGGUCCAGCAUGUGUCCAAUGUGGAUGUGGAAGACGCCAUGGGACAGACAGCUCUACAUGUGGCCUGUCAGAAUGGACACAAAACUACGGUGUUGUGUCUUCUGGACAGUGGAGCUGACAUCAAUCGGCCCAACGUCUCUGGAGCCACACCCCUUUACUUUGCCUGCAGUCAUGGCCAAAGAGACACAGCGCAGAUCCUGCUCUCUCGAGGUGCCAAAUACCUCGCUGACAAGAAUGGAAUCACUCCUCUGGAUCUCUGUGUGCAGGGUGGAUAUGGGGAGACCUGCGAGAUCCUCAUCCAGCACCACGGCAGACUUUUCCAGACCCUCAUCCAGAUGACACAAAAUGAUGAUAUGAAGGAGAACAUGCUCAGGCAGGUCCUGGAGCAUGUCUCUCAGCAGAGCGACAGUCAUUACCAGAGGAUCUUGACCAGUCUUGCUGAGGUAGCUACCACCAAUGGACACAAGCUUCUCAGCCUGUCCAGCAGUUAUGAAGCUCAGAUGAAGAGUCUGCUGAGAAUCGUUCGUAUUUUCUGCCAUGUGUUUCGCCUGGGGCCUUCAUCCCCCAACAAUGGCAACGACAUGGGCUACAACGGCAACAAGACACCUCGCAGCCAGGUCUUUAAGCCUUUGGAGCUGCUGUGGCACUCCCUGGAUGAGUGGCUGGUGCUUAUCUCCACAGAGCUGGACAGGAACAGGAAGAACCCGUCUUCCUCCUCAUCCAGCAGCGAGAUAGCCUCUCUGCUUCUGAAACAGCGAGAGGUCGACCACUCCGGGUCCACACCCAAACUCCCCUCCUUACUGGACCCUCAGACUGUCAUGGAAACAGAGGUCUAUGCUGACGGCGAGGAUGUCAUCUCCAUGACAGCCAAUCGGCUCAGCGCUGUGAUCCAGGCCUUCUAUAUGUGCUGCUCCUGUCAGAUGCCACAAGGAAUGACGUCUCCUCGCUUUAUUGAGUUUGUCUGCAAGCAUGAUGAGGUGCUCAAGUGUUUUGUAACCAGGAAUCCAAAGAUCAUCUUUAACCACUUCCAUUUCCUCCUGGAGUGUCCAGAGUUGAUGUCACGCUUCAUGCAUAUCAUUAAGGGCCAGCCCUUCAAGGAUCGCUGUGAGUGGUUCUAUGAGCAUCUGCUGGCCGGCCAGCCAGACUCAGACAUGGUUCAUCGUCCGGUCAACGAGAACGACAUCCUGCUCAUCCACAGAGAUUCCAUAUUCAGGAGUAGCUGUGAGAUGGUUUCCAAGUCCACCAAUGAGAAACUCAAACAGGGUAUUGCUGUUCGCUUCCAUGGCGAGGAAGGCAUGGGCCAGGGUGUGGUUCGGGAGUGGUUUGACAUCCUGUCCAAUGAGAUCAUCAACCCAGACUAUGCUCUGUUCACCCAGUCAGCUGAUGGUACCACUUUUCAGCCCAACAGUAACUCGUCUGUGAACCCAGACCACCUAAACUAUUUCCGGUUCGCAGGUCAGAUCCUGGGUCUGGCUCUGUACCACCGACAGCUGGUCAACAUCUACUUCACCCGCUCCUUCUACAAACACAUCCUGGGUAUCCCAGUGAACUACCAGGACGUGUCGUCCAUUGAUCCAGAGUAUGCAAAGAACCUGCAGUGGAUCCUGGACAAUGACAUCAGUGAUCUGGGUCUGGAGCUCACCUUCUCUGUAGAGACGGACGUGUUUGGGGCCAUGGAGGAAGUGCCGCUGAAACCUGGAGGGACCAGCAUCCUGGUCACCCAGGACAACAAGGCCGAGUACGUCCAGCUGGUGACGGAGCUGAGGAUGACACGAGCCAUCCAGCCUCAGAUAAACGCCUUCCUGCAAGGAUUCCACACCUUUAUCCCCCCCUCGCUCAUCCAGCUUUUCGACGAAUACGAAUUGGAGCUCCUGCUGUCAGGGAUGCCAGAGAUCGAUGUGCAGGAUUGGUGCAGGAACACUGAGUACACCAGUGGAUAUGACCCUCAGGAGCCAGUCAUCCAGUGGUUCUGGGAGGUGGUGAACAGCCUGACACAGGAGGAACGAGUUCUUCUACUUCAAUUUGUUACUGGAAGUUCCAGGGUUCCUCAUGGGGGCUUUGCCUACCUGAUGGGAGGCAGUGGUUUACAGAAGUUCACCGUUGCUGCAGUGCCAUACACCUCCAACCUACUGCCUACCUCUAGUACCUGCAUCAACAUGCUGAAACUCCCAGAAUACCCGAGCCAGGAGGUUUUGAGAGACCGGCUGCUGGUAGCGCUGCACUGUGGGAGCUAUGGCUACACCAUGGCGUAAACAUCCCAUCAGUUCCUGCUACUGGCAGGGUCUGCAGACUCAUGCAACACUCCUUCACAGACACUCUUUUUGUAGUCAGCCACUACUUUUGCUGGACAAAAAAGGGAAAUCCAGAUUGUUAUUAAAGAGCUGCUGAAGAGGCACACAGACUGAUGGAGACCACAGGCUCUGGAUCUCCACACCUGUGCCACAACUUCUAUUUUUUCAAUUCAAGCUGGUCAUUUAUGCAGAGAAUAAUUCAGUAUCUUCUAAACUGGACUAUUUUUCAUAUAUACAUUUAUUUAAGAAAAAACUGCAUUUAUACCCCUUCAAACACAGGUAAUAAUCACAUAUUCAUGCAUGCUUACUGAAUGUCAAAUAUUUAUUUUGUUUACAGAGCUUUCCAUAUGGAACCAGUGUAGAAUUAAUCAGUUUCAAACAUGGAAUCAAUCAAAAUGCAUCAUAUUCAUAUCCUAGCUUCACAGUGCAGGUUUCUUUAAUGGACCAGCAUCAGGCUCACGCGUACUGCUAAGUCUACAGUUUGUUUUGACUAAUUUUAAGACUUUUAUAUUUGUUUUUCGUUGUUUUUUGCAUCCCUCUCACAGUUUUAACAGUCCUUGCCUUUUAGGCUAGUAGCUCUUCUCCUCUACCAAAAGCACUUACUGUCAGGGCUGGUAUUAUCAAAGGUUUAAGAUGCCAAGCUGCCAAUGUGAUAGCUGAUUUUAGUUUUUUGAUACUUUAUUGCACUGUGAAGAAACCAAAAACCUUUAUUUUGUUUAACAAAAUAAGCCAAAGGUAAGAAAAUCCAGUAAAAACCAAUGCACUGAAUGGCCAAAAGUGUGUGGACAGCGUAACAUUCACGCCAUGCGUCGUAGUUGAUCUUAUCAUUCCACAACCAGAGGCGUUCAUGUGCUGCUGUAACAGCCUUCACCCCGUUGCUCUCAGGCUGAAGGAAUUUGCUCCCAUUCAGGAGCAUCAGUGAGGCCCAGCACUGAUGUUAGCUGAUCAGGCCUGGCUCUCAGUCGGCAUUCAAGUUCAUCCUAAAGGUGCUGAUGGAGUUGAGGUCAGAGCUCUGUGCAGGCCGGUCAGGUUCUGAGAAAACCAUUUCUUCAUCAAGCUGGCUUAGUACAUAUUGAAACAGGACAGGGCCACACAUAACUGUUGGAAGAGUUGGAGAAUACUACCAUCUAUCAUUGUAUGCUGUAGUAUUACCAUUUACCGUUAUUGGAACUAAGGGGGCCCUAACUGAGAGAAACAAACCCAGGCCAAAAUGCAUGUAGUAUGUGGACGGAAGUGUUCCGAUGGCUGCAUCCAAUGAUUAUUGUCAUUUUCGAUUAAUCUAUUGUUUAUUUUCUCAAUUAAUGUAUUAGUUGUUUGGUUUAUUAAACGCUGAAAAAUGUUGAUCAGUGUUUCCCAAAGCCCAGCCUGACUUCCUCAGAUUGUUUAGGUCACAACCCAGAAAUAUUCAGUUAACUGUCACAGAGGAGGAAAGAAACCAGAAAAUAUUGAAUUUGUAUAUUAUUGGUAUCAGCCAGUAUUGAUUUAAUUUUUCAUUUUCAUUUUAGAAUGAACUAUCAGAAUUAGCCAACAUGCUUUUUCUUACUUUGCACAAUGAAUGAAUAUUGCAUACAUUGAAAAGCAUUCUAUUUCACGUCUCCAUCUGCUGGUGGGCCUUCAGGAUUAUGCAUAAUGUGAUGCUAACUUCACUACAGAAGAGACUUGAUUAUCACUAAAAUUAGGUGGGCAAAAAAGUGGAUAUAUAGAUAUCGGUUAUCGUUCAAAUGAGUUGCUGUGUAUCGGCAUAUUGAAUAUCAGCAAAAAAUCCUAUAUUGUGCAUCCUUAAAAAUUACUCAAGCCAAUUAAGGAAUUAUCAAAUCAGUUAGUAAUUAACCCAAUAGUUGACAAUUAAUUGAUACACAUUGCAGUUCAAGUGUUUAUACAAAUAAUGAUUAUACUCAUUAUUAUAACUUUAUAAAGUUAAGAGUUAAACAACACAUGCUUGGUACUUUAGAGUUUGGUUCCAGUUCUAGUCUGAAAAUAUUUUAAUGUGGCUACUUUUAGAUGAACAAAAAAUUCCCCCACCAAAUUUUUGGUGAAGGGUCUCAAAAAUCAUCUAGAUCUCAAAAUUAAUUCAUUUACAGAAAAUAUCAAUGAAUAUUUAAAUCAGUAAUUAAAUAUUUGUUGCGUGAGCUGAGGUGUUGAGGAUGGAUUCAAGACCUUAAUGUUUAUAUAAUCCUGGCACAUCCUGAUAUUUUACUAAUAUUUGGGAUGCAUGAUAAUAUCAGCACAUAGUCAGUAUCGGCUUUAAAAUGAACUGAAUGGGCUAACAUGCUUUUCUUAUUUUGCACAAUAAAUAUUACAUACAUGGAAAGGCAUUCUAUUUCAUGUCUUCAUCUGAUGGUGAGCCAUCACAAUAAGAGUAUGCAUGUAUAAUAUGAUAUUAAUUCCACGGUAGGAGAGACUUGAUCACUAAAAUUAGGUGGGGAAAAAAGUGUAUAUAUAGAUAUCAUUUUUGCUUAUCGGUCAAAUGAGUUGUUAUAUAUUGGCAUAUCGGAUAUCAGCAAAAAAUCCUCCCUGACUAAUGAUGUCAGUCGGUAAAAAAAUAACACUGGCCAGUACCAAUACAGUCAGUGCUUUCAUUGCAGGAAAACAAAAACUAUUAUUUAUUUUUUUUUACCAAGUGAGUACACAUAUUAGAAUGAACAUCAAGGAUAAAUAUUAACUAAUUUCUCUGCAAAAAAUAAGCUGAGUGAAUCAAAGACUGGCCUUAUCCAGCUGUGACAGAACAUGUAUUUGCAGAAGAGAAACUGUAGGUGUUUGACGUACUGUACGGCCAAGGUGUUUUCCAUUGUAGCUGCAUGAACACGCCCCUCCAUCCCUGCAGCAUCAAAUGCACGUGGUCUACUGUGUGAAACUCUUUUUUGUUUUUGAAGUAUUUUGCUGUCAUCUUUCUUUGUGCUUAAUGAAUGCAUAGCAAUCUUCUUUAGUGAUCUGUUUGUGUUUGUCCCUAUUAAGUAGACUUUCUCAAGAAGCAAUACAAUAACUCCACAUGACAAAUGUUUGGCUUGCAGUGCCAAAACCUCAAAGCUGAAAUCCUUUUAAAGACCUUCUCUUAUUUGUAUUUUUGCCUAAACGAACAUGCUGAAAUGUGUUUUUAUUCUGAGAGAUGGGAUCAUGCCAUGAGGUUUUACUUGUUUCCUCGUGUAAAGGGAGUGAACAUGUUGAUUUAAUAUUUCAUAUGAUCUUUCAGUAUUGUGUUGAAUGCCUUGCCUGAAAUGUAAACUGCUGUUAAUGUUUAAUAUGGAGCCUUUAUAGAUAUUUCUGUAAAUGUCUUCAGUAUCAAAUGAUGUAUUUUACAAUGAAUACUGUAUAUGUUGUGCUUUGAGAUAUUAUCCAAUAAAACUUGUUUUGACAAUC